AUGACUAAGCGGACCAUUCUCUUCCGUCUAAGCAACACCGGACAGCCAGUAGACAACGGUGCUGUCAAGAAUGGGGUGUUGAUCUUGCCCUCGUUGGCAUUGCCCAAGGAGUUUUCCCACGGAGAUGAACUCUUUGAGUUGCAGUUCCAAUUGACUGCUGCCUCGGCGGUAUCCAAAAAUGGGGUUCUCCACGUCAAUGUUCCCAAGGAAUACAACACCCAGUUCGACAGAAACACCUACGUCAAGUACCCCAUCGACAGCUCCUUCCACAACGAUGUCACCAUUCCGGUGUCGAUCCACAAGCCUGGCGCUUACAACUACUACAUCGAGUACACCGACAGCGACGGCAAAACUGCCUCCACCGACAAGUUCUACUUCACGGUGCCCCCCAACUUGAACAUCAACGGCGAGUUUGUCGCUUUCAAUGCCGUUAAUAUCGAGACCGUGGUGUCCAAAUGGGUUGGGCCAUUAGCCAACUGGGACGAUUUCUUUGCCAAUGUCGCCAAAAAGGGCUACAAUAUGAUCCAUUUCACCCCGUUGCAGGAACGAGGCGAAUCCCAGUCCCCCUACUCCAUCUAUGACCAGUUGAGAUUUGACCCGGAAAUAUUUGAUAGCAACGACCAGGCUGCCAAGACCGUGUCGUCCGUGUUGGGAAAGCAUGGCUUGCUUUCGUUGACUGACGUGGUCUGGAAUCACACCGCCAAUAACUCUGCUUGGAUCAGAGACGCUCCUGAUGCGGGCUACAACGCAGAAACAGCACCUCACCUUACUUCUGCAAUCGAAUUGGAUGAAGCCUUGCUUAAAUUCUCCGAAGAUCUUGAGUCCUUGGGCCUCCCUACCGAUAUUAAAUCUGAGGGCGAUAUCAAGACCUUGGUAGAAGCGAUCUCGGUCCACGUUCUCGAGAAAUUGGAGUUAUGGCAAUAUUACGUGUUUAACAGAAGUGUCAUUCUUGACGAGCUUGAGCAACAGCAAAACUCCAAGGUCUCCCCUGUUGAGAUCCCAGGCGAUCUCAACACCAACGACUUGAAAGCCCUCGCUGAUUACACCUUAUCAAUUGCUAAUCAAAAUGAAAAGGUCAUCUUGAGAGAAAGAUUUGCCAACAAGUUGGAUAUCAGCAAAUUCUUGGGCAUCUUGUACUCAUUAUACAGCGAAGGUACUGACUUCGGAACUAUUAAGGACAGGGCUGGGAAGAUCAUCGAUGAAAUUAAUGCUCCUUUAUACAAAACUUUUGACGAUGACGUUAAGGCCAUCAAGGAUCAAUUAUCAGGAAGAAUCAAGUUCCUUAGAUUGGAGAGCAAUGGACCCAAGUGGGGACCUGUCACUAAAAAAGCACCAUUAACGGAGCCAUACUUCACUAGAUUCGAAGAUGCACAGGGAAAAAAAUGGGCGCUCGCUAACAACGGAUGGAUCUGGGGUGGAAACCCAUUAGUUGACUUUGCAUCCGAUCAAUCGAAGGCAUACUUGAGAAGAGAAGUGAUUGUUUGGGGUGAUUGUAUCAAAUUGAGAUAUGGGGAGAAGAGAGAAGACUCACCAACUUUAUGGGAUAGAAUGAUUGAGUAUACCAAGCAGUGUGCAUCUCUCUUCAAUGGAUUCAGAAUUGAUAACUGCCACUCAACUCCACUCCACGUUGGCGAGGUUCUUCUUGAUGCUGCUAGAUCAGUUAACCCAGACUUAUAUGUUGUAGCUGAAUUAUUUAGUGGGUCUGAAGAAAUGGAUAAAAUAUUUGUUGAAAGAUUGGCUAUUAAUAGUCUUAUCAGAGAAGCCAUGCAAGCCUGGAGCGUGGCAGAGUUAUCCACAUUGGUUCAUAAGCAUGGUGGAAGACCAAUUGGUUCAUUAACUUGGUUGCCAUUAGAUGAUUUUGCGUAUCCAGCAACAAACGAACCAAAGAAGGCAUCAUACAUUGAUUCUUACACAGAAUUAGAAAUACCCAAAACAUUGACCAGUCAAGCUCCUCAUGCAUUGUUUAUGGACUGUACUCACGACAAUGAGACACCAAACCAAAAGAGAACUCCAGAAGAUACUUUACCCAACGCGGCAUUGGUAGCAUUUUGUUCUUCAGCUGUCGGUUCCGUUUAUGGUUAUGACGAAAUUUAUCCUGCCUUAUUGGACGUUGUUGGCGAAAAGAGACAAUAUGCUCUGUCAGAUAAUGGUAUUGGUGAGGUCAAACAAAAGCUCAAUCAAAUCAGAGCUGAUUUGGCUGCUGAAAGUGUGGAUAUAUCAAGAGAUCAUGAAAUGUACAUCCAUCAUGAAGGUCAAUACAUCACAAUUCAAAGACAUAAUUCUAGGACUGGAAAGGGUUGGUUUUUGGUUGCUAGAACCAAGUUUAACAAAGAUGUUGGUGAUCAAAUCUUGUCUCCAUGUGUGUUAGGAGGAACAAAGGUAAAGAGCGAAUUUGCCUACACACUUAAGGUUACAGGAGAGUAUAAACAUGAUGACAAAUACAUUACCGGAAUUCCUGCAAAGGUCGAGGUUAUUCCUUCGCCUGAAAUCAAGUACGAUGGCGAUGAUGCAAUCAUUCAAGUUGACCAAACUUUUACUCCUGGUUCCAUUGCCGUUUUCUCUACUGAAAUACCUAAGGUUGACGCUUCUUUAGACAAAUUUGUGAAAGAAGGUGCAAUUGAAGCUUCACAGGACUUGGACUUGUAUGAUUUGAAUGCUUUAUUGUACCGCUGUGAACCCGAAGAACGCGAUGCAAGUGGUGGAAGUGAUGGCCCAUACAACAUUCCUAAAUGGGGCACCUUGACUUACGCUGGUUUGGAGGGAUGGAAUCUCGCUUUGAAACAUGUCAUCUGGGAGAAUAACUUAGGGCACCCAAUUUGUGAUCAUUUGAGAGAAGGCGAAUGGGCAUUGGACAGUGUGGUGAACAGAUUGGACAAGUAUGCUAAGAAUUCCAAGGGUUUAGCCAAGUUUCAAGAGUGGUUGAGAGCAAGAAUUGAUGCAAUCAGAAUUGUUCCAUACUUCUUGAGACCUCAUUACUUUGCCUUGGUAGUUGGAAUUGCUUACGAAGCCGCUAGAUUCAGAGCCUUAAGAAAUUUUGAUGUAAAACAAAUUCAAGCGGGUACCAAUUUUGUCCAGAAGUUGGCAUUGACUUCUAUACAAAUGGUCGGAAGAAUGAACAAUACCUCUCUCAAGGCUACUGAACAAUCUCCAUGCAUUGCUGCUGGGUUACCACACUUCAGUAAUGACUAUAUGAGAUGUUGGGGAAGAGAUGUUUUCAUUUCUUUUAGAGGUUUGUUGUUGGUUCCAGGAAGAUUUGAGGAUGCAAAGCAACAUAUUUUGGGCUUUGCUCAAACAUUAAAGCACGGUUUAAUUCCAAACUUAUUGGAUGCCGGAAGGAACCCUCGUUACAAUGCUAGAGAUGCAGCUUGGUUCUUCCUCUUUGCCAUUCAAGAUUAUGUCAAGAACGCUCCAAACGGAAUUGACAUUUUGGACGAAAAAGUGAAAAGAAGAUUCCCAUUGGAUGAUACUUAUAUACCAUACGAUGAUGAGAGAGCCUUUAGUUAUGAGACAUCAAUCAGAGAUGUGAUUUAUGAAAUUUUGGCUCGUCAUGCUAAGGGAAUUAAGUACCGUGAAGCCAACGCAGGUCCUAAUUUGGAUUCUCAAAUGACCGACGAAGGGUUCAAUGUCGAGGUGUAUGUUGACUGGAACACCGGGUUGGUUCAUGGUGGUUCUCAAUACAACUGUGGAACCUGGAUGGAUAAGAUGGGUGAAAGCUCUAAGGCUAACUCUAAGGGAGUUCCUGGUACCCCAAGAGAUGGUGCUGCCAUCGAACUUCAAGGUUUGUUGAAGGGUACAUUAAGAUUCGUGAAUGAGUUAAAUGCUGAGGGCAAAUUCGAAUACACUGAAGUUGAGAAGCCAGAUGGUGACAAAAUCUCUCUUAAAGAAUGGGAACAAUUGUUGCAAGACAAUUUCGAGAAGCACUUCUACGUGCCCACGGAAGUCUCUGAAGACGAUCAAUAUGAAGUUGAUCCUUCUAUUGUGAACAGAAGGGGCAUUUACAAGGAUUUGUACCGCUCAGGUAAGCCAUACGAGGAUUACCAAUUAAGGGCUAAUUUCCCCAUUGCCAUGGUUGCUGCUCCUGAAUUGUUUACGCCCUCCAAAGCUUUGGGUGCAUUGCAAUUGGCCGACAAGGUCAUUAGAGGUCCUGUUGGUAUGAGAACGUUAGAUCCAUCUGAUUACAACUACAGACCAUAUUACAACAAUGGUGAGGACAGUGAAGACUUUGCCACGUCAAAGGGUAGAAAUUACCACCAGGGACCUGAAUGGGUUUGGUGUACUGGUUACUUCUUGAGGGCUUUCUUGUACUUUAAUUAUUUACAGAACAAGUCUGUCAGUCAAAACAAGGAAGGCGAGCCUUCCAUCGAGAUAUUGACUGCCCUUAAUGACAGACUCCAGGGCCACAUCAAGUGGAUUAAUGAAAGUCCAUGGGCCGGCUUGACCGAGUUGACCAACAAGGAUGGUGCCUUCUGUGGCGACUCUAGUCCUUCGCAAGCCUGGAGUACUGGCUGUUUGUUGGACUUGUACUACGACUUGUGGACCAAUAAGGAGUACCACAAUGCUUAG